UCGCUGCAGUCACCAUAGAGAUCAAGGAUAAAUUCUACGAGAUGUUCGGAACCCAGAUGUUCCAACUAUGUGAGUACGGGUUUGUGCGAUCGCCAAAAGAAUUCGCAAAGGCGUAUGGACGGAUGGUAGGCAGUGGCAAGAAGGAGGACUUGCAAAGGGGCAUGCUCGAGUAUCAGAAGGGGCCCAUACCUACAUCACUACUCAGGCUUGAGCCCAAACUCGAGAAGAUAGCAGUGGGCAACUUCAAACGGCUGCUGCGGUUUAUGUCUGACAGACCGCGCGAAGAGGUGAUGCGUGACGGUCAGUUGAUCAUCGAUGGAGCGAUGAACAAUGUUGGCCUGCGAGACGAAGUAUACUGCCAAGUGAUCAAGCAGCUUAUCAAGAACUAUGACCA